AUGAUCGCCAUCGCGGUGAUCCUCGUCUCCAGCGUCGCCGGAGUGACGCUUCCUCUGGUGGGAACGAGUUGGCGAUUCCUCCGCGCGGAAUCGGGCCUCUUCGUCGUCUCGAAGGCGUUCGCCGCCGGCGUCAUCCUCGCCACGGGAUUCGUCCACGUCCUUGCCGAUUCGCAGGAGGCGUUGACCGAUCCCUGCCUCCCCCGCUUCCCCUGGUCAGCGUUCCCCUUCCCGGGUUUCUUCGCCAUGGUCUCCGCCUUGGGGACACUCGUCGUCGACUUCGUCGGCACCCAGUUCUACGAGAGGAAACACCGGGUGGAGAACAAUAAUGCUAGGAAGGCUGCGCGGGAUGAGGAGAACACCGUCGGUCUGCUCUCAGCCACCGCCGGCGACAAGCAACACGAAGAAGAAGACGGCGGUGGGCUUCACAUCGGUGUGCCCCACGCCCACGACGCCGGGCACCACCACGGUCACUCUCACGGCGGUGCCAGUUCUCACCUCCGCCACGUCGUCGUCUCUCAGGUUUGCCCCGUCCCUCCAUUAACAUCUUAAUACCUCUUCUGCGAAGAUUCGAUGAUGAUUAAUCCGUGGAUAUUUGGGGACGGGAUCAGAUCCUGGAGCUGGGCAUCGUCUCCCACUCGGUCAUCAUCGGGCUGUCUCUGGGGGUGUCGCUGAGCCCCUGCACCAUCCGACCUCUCAUCGCCGCCCUCGGCUUCCACCAGUUCUUCGAAGGGUUCGCCCUCGGCGGCUGCAUCUCUCAGGUAAGCCGCGGCAGCUCUCCAUUGUCUGAGAAUAGGGCCGAUUCUUGAAGACUACUAAGACAGAAGGAAACUCUCUUCCUCUCUUUCUCUCUCUCUCGUCACCACCUUCUUCUUCUCCGGUGGCAGGCGAAGUUUCGGUCAACCGCAACGGCGGUGAUGGCCUUCUUCUUCGCGGUGACGACGCCGGCGGGGAUUGCGGCGGGGACGGCGGUGGCGUCCUUCUACAACCCUAACAGCCCGAGGGCGCUGGUGGUGGAAGGGGUACUAGACGCGGUCUCGGCGGGGAUUCUCAUCUACAUGGCCCUCGUUGACCUUAUCGCCGCUGACUUUUUGAGCCGGAGCAGGAGCUGUAACGGGCGUGUCCAGGUCUCCUCGUUCCUCGCCCUCUUCCUCGGCGCAAUCACCAUGUCGGUUCUCGCGCUGUGGGCCUAA